AUGUCCGGCCUUCGACUACCCUCAACACCCCGAGCCUCGCUCUCGGCGAGCGGCGGCUCCGCCCUCCCGACCCCUUCCUCGCGCCGCAAGUCUGGCGUCCCUCGUCCCCCGUCGUCCCUCGCCCACAACGGCGAGCUGUCGGCCCUGCGCCAGGCCAUCUCGGCGCACGACCCGGCGAGCUACGCUGCCUCGCCCGGCGCGUUUGACGACCCGGACAGCCCGUUCGCGGUCGGCAUCGCCCUCGGCGGCCACCCGGCGCACGAGGGCUCGUCCGGCUCCGAGCGCGCCACGCGACAGCCCGUCCUUCCCGGCGUGCGCACCGGUCCUGUCCAGCCGAGGGCCGCCGUCCCGAGUCGCCCGACGACCCCGUCGACGCCGUCGUACGCGCGCGCGCGCACCCCGACCGGGUUCGGCUCGUCGACGUCGCGCUUUACUCGGCCCACGUCGCGGCAGAGCGGUGGCGGUGGCGACGAGCUCACGGUCGGCCGCGAGGUCGCGUUCGAGAUCGCGGGCGACAAGAUGGAGGGCACGCUGCGGUUCGUCGGCGAGGUCGAGGGUAAGAGCGGGCAGUGGGGCGGCGUCGAGCUCGAUGCGGCGUUCGCGGGCCGAGGCAAGAACGAUGGGAGCGUCGCAGGCGUGCAGUACUUCGCGUGCCCGCCGCAAUGCGGCCUCUUCCUCCCGCUCGCCAAGGUGACGGCCAAGCCGAGACCGAGCAUGCCGCCGCCCCUGACGGCCGGCUCGCGCGCGAGCAGGAUGGCGGGCAUGAGCGCCAAGGACCUCGCCUCGCGUCGAUCCAGCCUCGCGCCCUCCUCGACCACCACUACGAGCGCUACGCCCGCCACCCGCACGCGCUCUCCGACCAAGCCGAGGACCUCGCUGUCGCCGACCAAGCCGAGGACCUCGAUGUCGCCGACCAAGCGCCUCUCGGCGUCGACCUCGGCUGCCCCGUCCACCCUCACGACGCCCAAGCCGACCCGCCUCAGCCGCCCGUCCAUCGGCGGCGCCGUCGGCUCGACCCCGACCACGAUGCGCAAGUCGCUCGGGGCGACGCCUCGCGCGUCCCUCGGCGGCUCGAUCAAGCGCCCGCCGUCGUCGCUGCGCACCCACUCGGCCGCGCCCGACGUGCCGCCCAUCCCGUCCGCGUACGGCCUCGCGCGCUCGGUCACGCCGUCGUCGCAGUCGGGCCGCGUGACGCCCUCGACGCCGGGCGCCAUGAUGCGCCGGCGCACGUCGCUCGCGCAGAGCGACCUCGGCUCGUCGAUCCGGCCCUCGACGCCCUCGCUCCGCAGCUCGUCGCGCCAGUCGUUCGCGUCGUCCGUCUCGCGCCAGUCGCACCGCUCGACGACGUCGACGACGGCCGACCCGGACGAGCUCGACGACCUGCGCCGCGAGCUCGCCGAGGCGCAGCAACGCGAGGGCGAGAUCCGCCAGCUCCUCGAGGGCAGCGAGCGGCUCGGGCGCGAGGUCGAGGACCGCCUCGGCGAGAAGAACCGGCGCAUCGCCGACCUCGAGGAGCGGCUCGCCGUGCUUGAAAAGGAGCGAGAGCGGGCGCGCGAGGACGAGGACGCCCGGCUCGCCGCGGCGGCGGCGCAGGGCGGCGAGGAGGGCGACCGCGCCGCGCGCGUACGCGAGCUCGAGAAGCGCGUCGAGGAGCAGCAAGCGGCGAUCGAGGCGCACAAGGCGGCGCACGACAAGCUCAAGCGCGAGGACAAGCACCGCACGGCGGCCAAGGAGGCCGAGGUCGAGUCGCUGCGCGAGCGCCUCGAGCGCUCGGCCAAGGACCACGACGAGGAGCGCGCCGACCUGAGCAACCAGGUCGACAAGCUGCGUUCGGCCGGCCAGGCGCUGUGCGAGACGUACGAGGAGAAGAUUGCCGAGAUCGAGCUCGCCCGGCUCGAGGCGGUCGAGCUCGCCGAGACGCUCCAGGCGCAGCUCGAAGGCGCAGGGGACGGUGCCCGGGCGGCGUCGUCGUCGCGCGAGGACUCGCCCUCGGCGUCGCGCCACCACCUGUCGGCGUCCGUCUCGGCGGCGCAGGCCAUCGACGCCGAGAACACGCGCGCCGAGCUCGACCACCUGCGCGACAAGGUCGCGACGCUCGAGGAGCAGCUCGAAGACGCGCGCAUGCAGCUCGAGCAGGAGUUUGCCGACGCCAAGUCGAGGCGGACCAAGGUCGGCGAGGCCGAGCAGCGGCUCAAGGGCGAGAUCGCGUCGCUCAAGGAGGCUGUCGAUCGCUCCGCCAAAGCCGAGUCACGCCUCGCCGCUCGAAUCGACGAGCUGCAGGCGGCUCUGCACGAGUCGCAGGCGACGCUCGAGGCCGAGCGCUCCGAGCUCGAGGGUCUGCGCCACGACGCCUCGGGCGACGCGACCGCCUCGAUCGCCGACGACCUCAAGCGCGUCCACAACGAGCUCUCGGCGACCAAGGCCGACCUCGAGCGCACGCAGCGCGACGCCGCACAACACACGGGCCUCGUCGGCGAGCUGCGCACCGACCUGCGCAACGCCGAGAAGGAGAUCGAGCGCCUGCAGAAGCUCGCGCCGCCGUCGCCGUCGAGCAACGUCGGCGCGAGGAGCAGCAGCAGCUCGUCGAGCUCGCCCGAGGACCCGUCGGCAACGCGCGAGCAGAUCGUCGGGCUCAAGAGCAUCAUCGAGACGCUCACCGAGGAGAACAAGCAGCUCGUCGACCGCAACAAGGCGAUCGAGGGCGAGACUGCGGGCCUCAAGGACUCGCAACGUGCGCUCGAGAUGACUGUCGAGAACCUCAUGGCCCAGCUCGACAGCGGAUCCGCAACUGCGACUGCUGCGCCCGGCUCGCCCUCUUCCAGCCUCGCCGCCGACUCGUCGCUCCGACGAGAGCUUGAAGAACUGCGCGGUCAGCUCAAGGAGGUGCAGCGCAAGAGCGACCUCGAGAUCAAGGCACUCACGCAGGAGGUCACCGAGCUCGAGUCGCUGGUCGAGUCCAAGAUCUACCACGAGGACGAGCUCGAGUCGGAGCUCGAGAAGUACAAGGCGCUCGCCGAUGCCGUCAAGGCGGGCCCGGCGUCGUCGAACGGCCACGCCAAGCAGCCGUCGGUCGUCCUCGAUGCUGGAGAGGUAGGCGAGUGCGAGAUGUGCGGCGAGAAGGGCCAUGACCUCGACUCGUGCCCCGACUUCGCCGCGUCGUCCCCAACUCGCACCUCGUUCUCGUCAAACUCGCUCGCCGACCUGGGCGCCGAGACCAAGCCUGCGAGCAAGCCCUCGGCCUCGUCCACCAACGCCGCCGACUACUGCGACGACUGCGAGGAGUACGGCCACGCCCUCGAGGACUGCCCGCUCGCGAGCGAAAUCUUCUAGUCGCACCUCGUCCCCUCUCCUCGUCUUUGCCCCACGCACAUUCGCUCUUCUCCCUCCUCUUCCUCCACUCGUUCUUUCCCAUCCCUGCGCGUCGCGCGCCUAAUCGUCCUCGAGUGUAGAAGCAGCCCCGUCCUGUCGUAUCAUGGCCUCAGCCUC